CGUAGCGUGGCGUGAGGGCGCCAGGUUCCCGGAUGGAGGCGAUGGUGAUCGCCAUUUGGGCAAGAGCAGCAGCCACGGAGGGCGCUAGGUAGCUGCUACUAUGAGAUCCCCGACCCAGCUGCUGCUGCUCGUGCUGUUGGCUUUUCCCGCCGCUCUGUUGCUCGGUGGAGUUCGUGGCGGCCCCGGUUCAAGUUUACUAGUUGCAGCCCAAGAUGCUACGGAGGAUGAAGAAGCAGUGGAAGAUACGGUAGUUGAAGAUGAAGAUGAUGAAGCUGAAGUUGAAGAAGAUGAACCCACAGACUUGAUAGAAGAAAAAGAGGAAGAAGACUUAUCAGGAGAACCUAAAGCCUCACCUAGCGCUGAUACAACUAUCUUGUUUGUGAAAGGCGAAGACUUUCCUGCAAACAACAUUGUAAAAUUCCUGGUAGGCUUCACCAACAAGGGUACAGAGGAUUUUAUUAUUGAGUCUCUUGAUGCCUCUUUCCGGUACCCUCAGGACUAUCAGUUUUUCAUCCAGAAUUUCACAGCUCUUCCUCUGAACACAGUGGUUCCACCACAAAGACAGGCCACAUUUGAGUACUCAUUCAUCCCUGCAGAGCCUAUGGGUGGUCGUCCCUUCGGACUGGUUAUAAAUCUGAACUACAAAGACUUAAAUGGCAAUGUGUUCCAAGAUGCUGUCUUCAAUCAAACUGUUACAAUUAUUGAAAAAGAAGAUGGAUUGGAUGGAGAAACAAUCUUCAUGUACGUGUUCCUGGCAGGACUUGGCCUACUUGUCAUUGUUGGUCUACAUCAACUGCUAGAAUCUAGGAAAAGAAAGAGACCAGCACAGAAAGUAGAGAUGGGCACAUCAAAUCAAAAUGACGUUGACAUGAGCUGGAUUCCUCAAGAAACUUUAAAUCAGAUCAUGCAGAGUAGAAGAGAUAAAGCUUCACCCAGGCGGUUGCCACGCAAAAGGGUACAGAAGAGAUCAGUGGGAUCUGAUGAGGACUGAGCAUCUGAGCCAAUGACAGAUGAACAAUACCUGCAAAUCACUUCACCACACUCGGUGUGAAACAGGGUCUAAGGUCUGAAACUCCCUGUACUGGCGCUACUAUACUAUAAACUUCCCUGUAAAUGAAGUGUGAAGUAUUUUGACUCUUGUCUUGGUGUGGAAAGUAACUUUAGAAAAUCUACUUCCUGUUUUUAAAAGUGCUUGACUUACAAACUUAACAUAUAACUAGCCAGUAAAGAACAUUUAAUUACCACAUUGCAGGAUCUAAAAGAUUAUUAGAAAUCUUGUACAGGCUGAUCAUAGUAAAUCAAAUAUACUUAAUCAGUUGAAUGCUACCUUCAAAACAACAACUUUGUACAUCAGCUAAUGCAAGCAACAAGCCACUUCAGCUAAACGGAGGAUGGUUUAUCAGGUUAUAUUCAUACUUCUCCUGAUUCAGCAAAGCAAUUAAGUCAUCAGGGGAGAAACUGACUGAACCCUUUGCAUUUUAAUCUCAGGAUUAUGCCUGGUAUUUAAAUUUACGGUUUCCCAUCAUCACAUGCUGGAACGAUUUAGUGAAUUCAACAUCUCUCCUAGAGUCAAUUUGAAGUCUGGAAAUAGUGUUAUCUCCAUUCACAUUCCCAAAGAAAAUAAAGGUAAUGAGGACAAUUCUGGAUGUGAGUAGUUGCGUUGGAGACAGUCGUCACACAGGAGGCAAACCCUCUGCACUGUACAAAGGCAAAGGACCAGAACACAGUUACUGUGAUGGGGGUUCCAUACGAUAGCAAUUUGGAAUAUCCAACUUCAUUCUUUCACCUUAGUGUAAAUGAGAAAGUGGCCCUCAUUCUUAAGACUUCUGAAACAGUUACAUACAUAGUACAGCUUGAGAUUUAAUAGUUACAGCUCUUAAACUACACAGAACUCCGAUGGAAGUAUCAUAUUUGACAGUUAUUUCUAAACAAUACACUCACCUAAGUUGAACUGAACUCUUGAUCUUUCCUAGCAGUGGACCAAUUUAAUGUAAAAUAGAACAAAGAAUAAUUACCACUGGAACAACUUUCAAAAAUAAGUUGUAUGAAUAGAUUGUUAUACCAUUAAGUUAGUAAAAUCAAAGUGUUUUUUUUUAAGGAGAGCCAAUUGUUUAAUACCUCCAUUACAUCAGGUAAUCAAGGUCACACUUAAUGAGCACCCAGCCUGUUGGGAAGGGAGGAAGAAGGUGGCUGUAUGUGGCACAGAAGGAACUAGAGCCAAUCUUCAAAUUUCUAAGCUUGAAUGGGUGUUGCAGUAGAGGCUGGCUAAGAGGAAAACUUUGGAGUGGGGGGUUACAGUCUGCUAAUAUUACUUAGUGAAUUGAGCUGUAGUAAUCACACAUGCUUAAUUAAUUUCUUUAAGGCACUAGUUCCACCACUAGCAUGAAAUGCUUAUAGUGCCACCGUUGACUGAAGGGUUGCUUACUACAAUUUAGUGAUAUCUAACAGCUUCUUGGGGAGAAUCUUCCUACUUUUGGCUCUCCAUUAAGUACUUUGCAUGUAUGAAAUAGCAUAGUUCCAAUUUUUUGUUCCCCUUUAAUAUACUAUAGUUAAAAUUUAGCAAUACUGCAGUUCUGUGUGAAAUGGCUGAGCUUAUAGCAAUAAUAAUUGAUCCAUGUGCUGAGAGGAGAUGCUAAAAUCAAUCUAGUACACUAAGGUCUUAGUUGUAUGCCAUAAUGGGCUACCUUACCAUCUGCAAUUGUAUACUUAUGAGUUAAGUAUUAAAGCUUUUUAGGAUUACCAUAUUACUUUAAAGGGCUGUAGGUAGCCUACUUUAUGCACAUAUUGGGCAGUUCAUCAGGUCACUAACUUUUAGUCUAAAAAGGGAAAGCUUUAAUCACUUUCCCAAAGGAGAACUUGCAUUAAAAUCAGUUUCACGUCGUUAGUGCUCAUAAUAGCAUGCUGACUAUUAAUUUGAGUAUGUGUCUUAAACAGUUCAGAUUAUCAAUGCUCCUCUUCCCUUCAUCCUACUAUCAAAUGCUCUAUCACUGAAAUUUAAGCCUGGCAGAAACAAGCACAAAAGUAAAUCUGAAUGAACUGCUUUCCAGGCAAAUCUGAUACAGGAGGAAGCGACUAAAGCCAGACUUGCAAAUAGAAUUUUGUAUGAAGAACCAUGGCCAAGGAGCAUAAACCAAGAAAUUAGAUGGAGAAGGUUCUAGUGAUAGGCCUGUUGCAGAUUUAGUAUGACUGGGAGACAUUUAACAUGGCUGUACAGAUCUGUGAAAAGGGACUAAUACUUCAGUCUUUAUGCACUGUUUAUAAAGGACUCUUGAAAUCCUUGCUGGUGCUCAAGACCCAUUACUUACACUGAAGAGCACUGAAUUUAUGGCAGCUAGGGGAAAAGGUCAAAUACAAGUCCCAAUCUCUGUGAGGGAGUUAAUGUUAAGUUUCUUUAAAGAUGAAAAAUGCUAAAUUCAUAGAAGUAGCUCAUGUAAUACUUGUCAAGAUUUUCAGUAUUGUGCUGCAAGACUCGGCCCUACCCUGAUUUGAAGAGGUGGUGAUUGCUGUAUAGAAGACUUGUGCCCUUCCACUUGAUCAGUGCUCAUACUGGAUAGAGUGCAGCAGCCUUACAGGGCCAUAAGAAUCUGGAUUUUUUUAUAUACACCAUACUAUUGUUUUGCUAAAUAUAUGAACAGAGAACCACAAGGAAGUUUCACUGUAAUAAAGUAGGUUCAGAAGCUGA